CAGCUUCGGGUCUUCCGUGGGAUGCGUGUCUCAGCUCUGUUCUCGGUGACUGUCGUCACGCAGGGCUCACACCGUCCGCCUCCUGCAUGGGCCUGAACAACCUGCCUGCGCACAAGCCGUGGCAUUUAAAAAUAUAUAACCAUUUAUGAGUUGAGCCUCAUUCUUGAGUUAUGGAUGACAAGGCUUCUGUUGGAAAAAUCAGUGUCUCCUCAGACUCAGUAUCUACUCUUAAUAGUGAAGAUUUUGUCUUGGUUUCCAGGCAAGGAGAUGAGACACCAUCUACAAAUAACGGAAGUGAUGAUGAGAAGACUGGCCUAAAGAUUGUAGGGAAUGGAAGUGAGCAGCAGCUGCAGAAAGAGCUCGCAGAUGUGCUGAUGGACCCUCCCAUGGAUGACCAGCCAGGGGAAAGGUCACAGCCAGAUGGUGAAGGAGAUGGGCCUCUUUGUAAUCAACUCUCAGCUUCGUCUACCAUUAACCCUGUGCCACUAGGAGGACUUCAAAAACCAGAGAUGAGUUUGCCAGUGGAACCUAGACAAGGAGAUUCUGAAGUGUCAAGUCCUUUCACACCAGUGGCUGAUGAGGAUAGUGUGGUUUUUAGUAAAUUAACUUACUUAGGCUGUGCCUCAGUAAAUGCUCCCCGGAGUGAAGUGGAAGCCUUGAGGAUGAUGUCCAUCUUGAGAAGUCAGUGUCAGAUUUCUCUGGAUGUGACCCUCUCAGUGCCGAAUAUAUCUGAAGGAACUGUGAGACUUUUAGAUCCUCAGACCAACACUGAAAUAGCAAACUACCCUAUCUACAAGAUCCUCUUCUGUGUCAGAGGACACGAUGGUACCCCUGAAAGCGACUGUUUUGCAUUCACUGAAAGUCACUAUAACGCAGAGCUUUUCAGGAUACAUGUAUUUCGCUGUGAAAUACAAGAGGCUGUAAGCCGGAUCCUUUACAGCUUUGCCACUGCCUUCCGCCGUACUGCCAAGCAGACCCCACUCUCAGCCACUGCCACACCGCAGACUCCAGACAGUGACAUUUUUACCUUCUCUGUGUCUUUAGAAAUAAAAGAAGAUGAUGGUAAAGGUUAUUUUAGUGCUGUUCCCAAAGACAAGGACAGGCAAUGCUUUAAACUUCGACAGGGAAUUGAUAAGAAGAUUGUCAUCUGUGUGCAGCAAACAGCUAACAAAGAACUUGCCAUUGAAAGGUGCUUUGGCCUUCUCCUUAGCCCAGGAAAAGAUGUCCGAAAUAGUGAUAUGCAUUUGUUGGACUUGGAGUCUAUGGGCAAAAGUUCAGAUGGAAAGUCAUAUGUUAUUACUGGAAGCUGGAAUCCAAAAUCCCCACAUUUUCAAGUUGUGAAUGAAGAAACUCCUAAAGAUAAAGUGUUGUUUAUGACAACAGCUGUGGAUUUGGUGAUAACAGAAGUACAGGAGCCCGUUCGUUUUCUCUUGGAGACGAAAGUUCGAGUUUGUUCGCCUAAUGAAAGGUUGUUCUGGCCCUUCAGCAAACGCAGCACUACUGAAAACUUCUUUCUAAAACUAAAGCAGGCCAAAGCAGCUUUAUUCAUCAACCAAUGGAAGCAACACAUAUUCACAGUGUACAGAAGAACUUCCACAUCAGAAGAGCACUUCAGAAGUCAAAUAAAGCAAAAGGAGAGGAAGAAUAAUGCUGACACUUUAUAUGAAGUUGUGUGUUUGGAAAGUGAGUCAGAGAGAGAGAGGAGGAAAACUACAGCCAGUCCUUCAGCUCGCCUGCCACAGUCUGGAUCUCAGAGCUCCAUGAUCCCCUCUCCUCCAGAAGAUGAUGAAGACGAAGAUAAUGAUGAACCUCUCUUGAGUGGAUUUGGUGAUGUAUCCAAAGAAUGUGCAGAAAAAAUUCUUGAAACAUGGGGAGAACUACUGUCAAAAUGGCAUCUCAACUUGAGUGUGAGACCGAAGCAGUUGUCAUCUUUAGUGAGAAGUGGUGUCCCAGAAGCUCUUCGUGGAGAAGUCUGGCAGCUGCUAGCGGGCUGCCACAACAAUGAUCACUUAGUAGAAAAGUACCGAAUUCUCAUCACAAAGGAGUCUCCCCAAGACAGUGCUAUCACAAGAGAUAUUAACCGCACGUUUCCAGCUCAUGACUACUUCAAGGACACAGGAGGAGAUGGACAAGAUUCCUUAUAUAAAAUAUGCAAGGCAUACUCUGUGUACGAUGAAGAAAUUGGUUACUGCCAGGGCCAGUCCUUCCUCGCGGCUGUGCUGCUUCUCCACAUGCCCGAAGAACAGGCAUUCAGUGUUCUGGUGAAGAUCAUGUUUGACUAUGGCCUCAGGGAACUUUUCAAGCAAAAUUUUGAAGAUCUACAUUGCAAGUUCUACCAGUUGGAGCGCCUCAUGCAGGAAUACAUUCCUGACCUGUACAACCACUUCCUGGAUAUCAGCCUUGAAGCACACAUGUACGCCUCCCAGUGGUUUCUUACACUUUUCACUGCAAAAUUCCCUCUCUACAUGGUCUUCCAUAUCAUGGACCUGCUGCUCUGCGAGGGAAUAAGUGUCAUUUUUAAUGUCGCCCUUGGAUUACUGAAGACUUCCAAGGACGACUUGCUGCUGACAGACUUUGAGGGUGCCUUGAAGUUCUUCAGGGUUCAGCUCCCUAAAAGGUACCGCUCAGAAGAAAAUGCAAAGAGGCUUAUGGAGCUGGCCUGCAACACGAAGAUUAGCCAGAAGAAGCUGAAGAAGUAUGAAAAGGAGUACCACACCAUGAGGGAGCAGCAGGCCCAACAGGAAGACCCCAUUGAGCGGUUUGAGCGGGAGAAUAGGCGGCUGCAAGAAGCUAACAUGAGAUUGGAACAGGAAAAUGAUGACUUGGCUCAUGAGCUGGUCACUAGCAAGAUUGCACUGCGGAAGGACCUGGAUAAUGCAGAAGAAAAGGCAGAUGCACUGAAUAAGGAGUUGCUGAUGACCAAACAGAAGCUGAUUGAUGCAGAAGACGAGAAGAGGCGGUUAGAAGAGGAGUCUGCACAGUUAAAGGAAAUGUGCCGCCGGGAACUUGACAAGGCAGAAUCAGAGAUUAAAAAAAACAGCUCUAUCAUUGGUGACUAUAAGCAGAUUUGUUCUCAAUUGAGUGAAAGACUGGAGAAGCAGCAGACAGCCAAUAAAGUAGAAAUUGAGAAAAUUCGGCAAAAGGUAGAUGACUGUGACCGCUGCCGAGACUUCUUUAAUAAAGAAGGGAGAGUGAAGGGUACCAGCUCAGCCAAGGGGGUUUCAGAUGAGGACACGGAUGAAGAAAAAGAGACACUCAAGAACCAGCUGCGGGAAAUGGAGCUGGAACUGGCCCAGACCAAACUACAGUUGGUAGAAGCCGAGUGCAAGAUCCAGGACUUGGAACACCACUUGGGCCUUGCCCUCAGUGAGGUGCAGGCAGCCAAGAAGACCUGGUUUAACCGCACACUGAGCUCCAUAAAGACAGCAACUGGAGUUCAAGGGAAAGAGACAUGCUGAGACUAGCUGCUGCCUCCAGACACCUCCAGAAAACACACCACCUUUGGUUGCCUUCUUUGGCCAGAUGUGUGAUUCUGUGACAUGUUCCAGGACCAGAAUGUACCUAGCUCAGAGCUGUAUAGCAAGUUGGUAGAUCAGUGGGCCAGGGCUCCUGCAGCAGGCUCCCAGCCCCACUGAUGCUCUGGACAUGCACCCGCCUGAGUGCCAUCCAGGCCUCUGCCGUGUAUGAGCACCUCACCCAGUCAGAGUUGAGGCAUCCUACAAUGUGUUAGUUUUUUGUUUUCUAAACCCUUUAUUUAAAAAGACAAAAAAAAAAAAAAUACAUACAUAAACACUUUAUCCUUUAGGUUAGGGGCAGGGGUUCAGUGCUGGCAGAAGUCCCCAGAGAGACAAGAAGCACUUUGUUUGAGUAGAAGAGCUUUGUAAUCAUGGCUCAAGUCACCUAAUUUUGUUAAUCAGUAUAGUGCACAGGUUUUGAUUUGGCAUUAUUCACAUUUCUGAGCAAUUCUAUGCAACUCUCAUAGUCCUGUCUUUUUUUUUUUUUAAGCAUUAGCUGCCAAAACAACUUCAGAAGGCUGGCAUGGGCCACAUGACUGUGAGACUGAAUCAAUCAUGAUGUGGACAGCUUUUACUUUGUUUAAUGUGUCCUGUGUACAUAUGUGUGUGUACGUAUUAGUAUAAAUAUAUAGAUAUAUAUAUAUAUAAAUACCUUUCCCAGUACCCUGCACUGACAGUGUUUAAAUCCCAGACUCAGCCGAUAAUUAGUUCCACUGCCGUCUGUGGUUAUGGAGCACUUCCUGUUCUUUCUGCCAUUGUGGGAGCUGGCAAGAGCUCCUUCACCUCUAAUGUUUGCACAAGUGAGGAAGACUGAGCUGUGUAUGCACACACUAUAUGGUCCUACUUCCUGGCCUGUGGAUCUCACUGGUCAGAUGGGCUGCAGAGUCUUACUUCAAAAGCUAUAAAUUAGUGGUUUUAGCACUUUUUUUUAAUUAAAAAACAAAACCUUUGGACUUAAUUUAUGUGGCGAUAUGCUGACAAGCAGUCUCAGAGGGGUUCGUUCUUUCUGCCCUUUGGAGGUGGCAUGGGUUUGUAUAUAAGGACUCUUGAGUCGUUUUCUCUUUCCCUGUUGGCUUUACUAAUGCUUGAUGAGAGAUCUACAGUGGGGAGAUAACAAGUGGCCAACCCUUCCCCACACCAUCCCCCACCACUUCCAGUGUCUGUCUUGUUCAGUUAGUUACCACACCAGCUGUAAGCCCAUCUAAAACUAGGUGUGUGGACAUUGUGCUAGGGUAGUUUGUGCGUCAACUUUAUGAACUGAAAUAUAAACCAGUAAAAUUGUAUUACUAUUUCUUUUGUUCAUUUUAACAGCAUAUUCAUUAAAUAUUUUGGUACAAACGGCA